AUGCCCGCACCCAUGGAAAAAGGCGACAACACAGCAACAGCCUACCGAGGCCCCAAACUGCCAAACGUACCAGAAGACAUAGUGGUAACGGAUGCCCUCAAUCUCCAAUGUGACGAGCGCCUCUGGGUCCCCCAAGCACCAGACGUCUGGUUCAGACCACUAUGCUUCAAUGUCUCACAUGGCUACUUCGUGAAUAUCCUACGCGUGCGCAAGAACGGUAUUCUCUCGCGCCAUAGACACACUGGUCCUGUUCAUGCGACCGUUUUGCGUGGCCGUUGGCACUACCUCGAGCAUCCGUGGUGGGCGGAGGAGGGCGGGUAUGCUUUCGAGCCUCCCGGUGAUAUCCAUACGCUUGAGGUUCCGGAGGGUGUUCAGGAAAUGGUGACUUUGUUCCAUGUGACGGGUGCUUAUAUCUAUGUUGAUCCUGAGGGAACGGCGCUGGGUGUUGAGGAUGUUUUUAGUAAAUUGGAGGCUGCUAGGAAGCAUUAUGAGGAGGUUGGGCUUGGGGCUGCGUUUGCGGAUCAGUUUAUUAGGUGA